GCAAAUGCAAAAAACGAGGAGAUGGUUUGAAGCUGGAGAAUGACCCUCAGGAGGCAGAGUCGGAAAUGGCUCUGGAUGCAGAGUUCCUGGAUGUCUAUAAGAACUGCAAUGGUGUAGUGAUGAUGUUUGACAUCACCAAGCAGUGGACAUUUAACUACAUCCUGAGGGAGCUCCCUAAAGUGCCCACCCACGUUCCAGUGUGUGUGCUUGGGAAUUACCGGGACAUGGGGGAGCACCGUGUCAUCCUGCCUGGGGACGUGCGUGACCUCAUCGACAACCUCAACAGGCCUCCUGGCUCUUCCUAUUUCCGCUAUGCUGAGUCUUCCAUGAAGAACAGCUUUGGCCUCAAGUACCUGCACAAGUUCUUCAACAUCCCCUUCUUGCAGCUGCAGAGGGAGACGUUGCUGCGGCAGCUGGAGACAAACCAGUUGGAUAUUGAUGCGACCCUGGAGGAGCUCUCGGUGCAGCAGGAGACUGAAGACCAAAACUACGAACU